AGACGAGAAGUCAAGGUCUGCGCGGUAACUUUGGUUGAGAUGGUGAAACCAAAGUACAGACGCCAUGGGUUCGUCUCGAAAAAGCAGAAGGAGAGAUAUGAUAAAGUAUCUGCAGGGCAAUUGACUCGAUGGAUUAGGGGAGCUAUCCUUACAGACCACAAUUACUCCGCCAGUGCAACCCCUGUCAGCGUUGAUCACGAUCACGAAUUGCCAAAUUUGAAUAUACUGGAAAGAGAGGAGGUGGUGGAUGGGGAAGAAGUGACUACAUCUGAGGAUUGGAAGGAGGGGAGGAGAGUAGUAGAACUUGGAGUGUUAGCUGAGGGCUUGCGGGGAUGUUGUAAAUGUGGCUUACCAUUACAACUUUCACACACUAUUUCUGUGUUGACAUAUGGUUUAGCUUCUUUGUUAAAGGUCUGUUGCAGCAAUACAAAGUGUAAUCAUAUUAACCAUGUAAAAACGGGGAAAAAACAUGGAAGAGUGUGGGAUGUAAAUACAAAGCUAUCAGCAGCAAUUGUACAUGUUGGUAUUGGUGCAACGCAAGUCAACAGUCUCCUUUCUGAGCUGAAUAUACCACCUGUAAGCCAUGCCAUGCUGGACAAAAGACAGAAAGAGAUAGGCAGAGCUGUUGAAGAUAUUGCUGCAGAGUCUAUGUCUGAUGCUUUGCAGAAGGAACUGGAAAUGAUGAAUGAAGAGAUGAACGAAAAUGGACUAGUUGUUGCUGUAGAUGCUGGAUGGCAAAAACGGGGUAGCGGAAAGACAUAUGAUAGUUUAUCAGGUCAUUGUUCCAUGGUUGGUCCUCUCUCCGACAAAGUAUUGUCAUACUCUCUGAGGUCUAAGAAUUGCAGAGUAUGCAGUGUAGCUGAAUCAACCAACAAGAAUCCAGCAGCCCAUGAGUGCUCAAAGAAUUGGGAGGGUAGUUCAAAGGCCAUGGAGGCAGAUAUGGUUAUUGAGAUGGUCCAAGAUCUACAGAAAAGUAAAGGAAUAACCAUUGAUGGAAUCAUUGGAGAUGAGGACUCUACCACUAUUGCAAGACUGAAAGCUAAUGUCAAUGCUGAUAUUAAGAAGUUGUCUGAUAAAAAUCAUCUAAAGAAACUGUUUACAAACUCUUUGUUUACCUUGAAGAAAAAACAUUCAUCUCUAACUUUGUCUGUGAUAAAGUACAUUCAGAAAUGCUUCAGUUACUCCAUAGCACAGGGAAAAGGAAAUGCUUCUCAAAUCAAAGAAGACCUUUCAUCAAUUCCAUUACACAUAUUUGGAGAUCACCAACACUGCUCCUCAAGGUGGUGCAACUUCAUUAACAACCCUAACCUGAGGUACAAGUCACUUCCACAUGGAAAACCCCUGAAAGAUAGGUUCCUUCAGGAUGAUCUGAAAGAAGUCUUCAGUUCAUAUGCAAGUCAUUCUGAUCGUCUUUCAUGCUUAGGAAGCACACAGUCGAAUGAGAGUUUUCACAGAAUGGUGUCUGCAAAAGCCCCAAAGACCCAUCAUUACAGCUCUUCUUCAAGCCUCAGAUAUAGAGUUGCUGCAUGUGUAGCCCAGAAAAAUGUUGGACACAGAUAUCUUGUAAAGGUUAACAAGAAAUUGGGCCUCUCUCCUGGCUACUAUACUCGACGACAGUGCAUUCUGAGGGAUUUACAAAGAAAGCGACAGAAGGCCAUUUCAGUGACACAGAAAUUUAAAAGGAGAAGGAGAGAAUUGAAAGCCAGGAAAAUUCAAAGUAUUUCUACAAAAGAAACAAGGGAAGGCAUCAGUUAUUUAACAGGAUGUGAUCUCCAGCAGGCCUCUGACAUCGUUGAAAUUCCAGCUCCAAAAACAAUUCCAAAGUAUGAUCAUCUCCCUUCAAGUCAGCUGUUAAAUGCUGAAGAGAUCUAUUUUGAUUUGGAAACUACUGGACUCGCAAGGGAUUCUCAUAUUGUGCAGUUGUCUGCAGUUAGAAAUGAUGAGGUUUUCAACAAAUACAUCAUUCCAGAAAAACCAAUGUCCUCAAAAGCUACAGAAAUUACUGGAAUAAAAGUAGUCAACAAUAAAAUGUACCACAAUGAUGAGGAAGUUGAGACAGUCAGCAUUAAGGAUGCACUGAUCCAGUUUAUAGACUUCAUGAAGAAAUCGGAGUCAGAUGCUGUUCUAGUUGGACACAACUCCAAAGUGUUUGACCUUCCUGUGCUGUUCAACAUUUUGAGUAAAUUAAACAUUUUGGAGGCAUUCUCAUCUGCAGUCAUUGGUUUCAUUGAUACCUUACCUCUUUUCAAAAUUUCGCAUCCAAACCUUUCAUCAUACUCACAGUUACACCUCUUCGAAGAAAUUCUACAAGACAAAUACAGUGCGCAUGACUCAUUACAGGAUGUCUUAGCCUUGAAGAGAUUGUUGGACCAUACAGGACCUUCCCCUGAAGUCAAACUUGCUGCAUCUUUCACUUCAAACUCUGCCUUUGCCAUAUUCCAUCACAAGAACACAACAAAAAGUCUAAUGAGCACACUAAAGCCUUUAUUGGACCAAAAGGUGAUUUCGAAUGGAAUGGGAAAUAAGAUUGCCAGCAGUGGACUCUCCUUAUCACACUUACAACUGGCUUAUCGCAGAAAUGGUAGGGAGGGAGUACAGGAUGUGCUGACAGAGAUAACAGAUAACAGUGUGCGUGUGACAAAAUCUAGAAAAAUCAUUGAUUCUGUUGCAGAUUUUCUCAGAUCUGAGCAGUAA